UGAAGAGAUAGUCAAACUGGUCUGGCAAGUUUUACUUUCUCCUUAACAAACACAUGUACCGUCUGUGACUUUAUUGUCUCCCACACUCAUACGAAGAGACAACCGAAUCCUUGCUGUAUGCUGCCAGAGCAGUGGAGAUAUCUACAUUUACAGUUUGAAGGUUUCACCGGUGCAGUUCAGUUCCCAAAGGCAGUCACAGGUGUACGAUAAAGAAAUCCAGUGUUUCGAUCCCAGAUGAGUUAAUGAGGAAUGGUACUGGCUUAUUCUGAGCAAAGAAGUUGAAGUUGUUUGUUUCCAAGUAUGUCAAUUGACACUCUACAACCGUCUCCACGGCGAUUCCUAAAGCUGGCUGAAACUUCUGCCAUGCCAAGUCGGAACCCAGAGUCCCGUUGUCCAGUCAAAUCAUCUCCAGGGACACGCAAACCCAGUGCAGUAGAACGUCUGGAAGCGGACAAGGUCAAGUAUGUCAAGAGCCAGCAGGUGGCUUUAAAAAAACAGCAGCCCGUCACUUGUCCAUCCAACAACAGCCAGAGUGGACCAGGUGCUCAACAGCCGACUAGGAAGGUCCCUGCACGACCCACUAAGUCUGAGACUCCUCCCCUUGACCUGGAACAUCUUUGCAAACUGAUCGAUGGCGUUGACGAUACAACCACCACUGCGGUGUCUACGCAACCUAUCAUCACUGAGAAAGUCCAAGAGGAUGCUGACCCAUGCAAGUCCCUCUCCCCAACUCUAAAUGCGUUGGAAGAACCUUUAGUUGUGUCAUCUCCAACAAGUCAAGGAAAAGCAGAUGCUUUAGGUGCUAAUGGAUGUCCCGUCAUGACCGUACGGAGAGUCGAUGUCAGGCCACAGUUACCUCAUACGAGGAUGGCUGGUAGACCACAGCUUCAAAUCCGCCCACCAGGGCAACCCACCAUGCCGCAGGUUCCAAUGCAACUUUUGCGUUUUCUCAGGCCAUACACACAGCAAAAUCAGCACCACAUUAAUUUAAAACGCCUUCAAAACAUUACAAGUGCCUCUCGAGGACCCAUUAAGCCACCGACCAGUCCUGCCCAAAUCUCACCCACUUCUAAAUCUCCAUCAAGCCCAUUUACCUCUCAGCCUUCCCCCAUUAAACCAAACACUGAACCUGCGUCAUGUACAUCUCCUACCCAAAUGACUCCAACCUCGGUACCCCCAUUCCUUAAUGACUUCCAGUCACCACCAUCUCCAGCCAUCACUCACCGCUCGUCAACAAGCUCCAGGAAGCGUCCUUCCCUGACACGGUCAAAAUCGGAUGUCAGCGACUGCUUUUCACGGGCAGGGGCGGAAAUUGAGCGCUUCUUUAAUUAUUGCGGGCUUAACCCCUCCGAUUUAAAGGAGUUAGCUAGACCAGGUUCCGACAUCGUGUCUGUUUCGCGUCUUCGCAGCGCCAGCGCCCCGGCAUCUGAGCGUACAGCCGAGGGUGAGGAAGAGGAGGAAGAAGACGCAGCAAAAGAUGAACGCCCUGGAUAUGGCAUUUCUGUUAUAGAAAGAAAUGCACGAGUUAUCAAGUGGCUUUAUGGAAUGCGUCAGGCCAAAGAAAGUCCCAAGGUGGCCAGUAUGUAGGCAGUCCUCAACUUCAAGCUAUUAAAUUGAAAUGUAUUGCAAAGCAGCUUUCUACAAGUAUUGAGAAAGUUGAACAAUCAUGUGCAAUAAAGAAUUUAUUGUGUGUCAUUUCUGUGCCAGGAAUUUUUUUUUGUUUGAGUGGCCCACUUGAGAAGACAUUACAACAUUGGCACAACAAAUGGCUUGAGUUUGGUGCACUGGUGGCAGAUAAAGAGAGUGUUUAAAAUCUGUUGGAAAAGAACAAGUAUAUUGAAAUGCUUUUUGGUUCGACUAGUGCAGCAAAACAUGUUUCUCUUGUAACUUUUUGUCUCUAUAAUGUCGUUAUUGUUUGUCACCAUUGUUUCUAGUGUCUAAUGUGUGCUAAGAAUCACUUGUUGUUAGCAUGAUAGCAGGCACAAAUGUUUUCAAACAAUAACAGUGCUUACAUCUAUAAGCUCUUGAAUAUAAUUUCUUGCAGUUGCAGUGUAUAGUAAUCUUAAUAGUAUAACAUGCACAUUAUUUCAGCUAAUGAUGAAUAUUUAUUAUUAUUUUACUACACUGUAUGGAACAAUUCUGAAUAUUGUCAUUGUUUAUCGCUGCAUUAAAACUCAUUUUUAUUUAUCAUAAAAACAUGAACUAAUGUUUUUUGGACAGUGACCCCAAUGUUUAUAUGCAACAUAUACACAAACAUGUAACUGAGUAAAUUUUAAAGCUGUGAAAUCAAUGUUUAAAUUGAGUCAAUGUAAGUAAAAAAUAAGUAAAUCUGAGUAACUCAAAUAUUUCUAUUAGAAUUCCCUAAAAUUAUUAAGUGUAUGUUAAAAAUAGUUAUUUAAAUUAAUUAGUUAAUUAAAUUAUUAUUUUUUCCCAUUAAAUAAACUUAAAUAAUAUAUGUACAUUUUAGAGAAAUUAACUGUUGGAUUUGUAAUGUCACACUAAAAAAAACAUCAGUUAAAUGGUUUUAAAAGACUUUAUUAAGUUAAUAUAGCUGUUUAUUUUUGUGAUAUUUCCUAGGACCACAGAAUUAUUUUUAAGAGUGAAAAUGUAAUAUUGAAUAUCAGAUUUAAAGGGAUAGUCUACCCAAAUAAACUAAUUAAUUUGGAAAAAUGACAAUGGUAGUCAAAAGUGGCCCAGAACUGGUGUCCUACAUUCUUCAAAAUAUAUUUUUUUGUUUUCAACAGAACAAAAAAAAAAAAGUAAUUUUUCCUAUGUUAGUCAAUGGGGUCCAAGAACUGUUUGGUUAUAAGCAUUCUUUCAAAUAUCUUUCUCUGUGUUCCUCAAAACAAAGAAAUGUAUAGUCUUGGAACAACUGGAAGGUGAGAAAAUGAUGUCAGAAUUUUUAUUUUUGGGUGAACUAUCCCUUUAAGCUCAAAGCGCAUCAGAUCGUGCUAUUAAAUGACAGUCCAAAACCAGAUGUGACAGUUUGAUACUGAAGAAUUAGCCC